CACCGGCUUAGGCUUGGAAACGCGGCAUUGAAAUAAAUUUUAAGAUUGAUCUCUGGAUUCCGAGAAUUAAAAAAAUGCGAUAACUGGUUUGGUAUUUGAUGAACCAUUUUUCCAGUUUACGAACACAUGUGCUUAGUAUGCGUUUAGUGAUUUUUUUUCAAUGAGAGAUUAUAAAUGAAAAAUGGAAGAAACUAUUACAGGUCAGGAAGAGAUAGACACAAUAAAUAAAAAUAUAAAGAGCAAACUAUUUUCAAGAUUAUUAUUUUGUUGGACUUUACCAGUGUUUAUAAAAGGACUAAAAAGGGACCUCAACUUGGAAGAUUUACAAAACAAUCUUAAAAAAUAUAAUUCAAUCACACUUGGUAAUAAAUUUGAAUCAAAAUGGAAGCAUCAAAAAGAUAGCAAGUUAAACCUAUUAAGAAGUAUUUUUAAAAUGUUUGGCUUUAAAAUAUGUAUGUAUGGACUCAUCCUAUUGGUGGCUGAAUACACCAAAUUAAUACAACCGUUUUGUUUGGCUAAAAUUAUGGAGUUUUAUGUGGCGGAUAAAGAUUCAAACAAGCAACAAAUAUAUUUAUGCGGUUUUUACGUUGUUCUGGCAUCUUUUAUUAAUGUAGUUUUGAUGCAAAAUUACAUGUUUAACACAUCGAUUCUUGGUAUGAAUAUUAGGGUGGCAUGUAGCUCAUUAAUAUACAGGAAGUCGCUAAAAUUAAGGAGCACAUCUGAAAGCACAGUGGGACAAGUUGUUAACCUGCUAUUAAAUGAUGUCAAUAGAUUCGAUAAAGUUGUUACUUAUUUUCACUAUUUAUGGGUUGCACCUUUAGAGUUGGCAACUGUUGUUAUUUGUGUUUAUAUAAAUUUUGGAUUUUUGGGCACAACAGGGAUUAUUAUAAUUGUUUUGUUCAUUCCAGUGCAAAUUUAUCUCGGAAAGUUAUCCUCCAAGUUUAGAUUUAAGAUAGCCCAAAAAACUGACAGAAGAAUUGUUCUGGUUAAUGAAGUCAUAUCAGGAAUACAAUUGAUUAAAAUGUAUACGUGGGAAAAGGCAUUUGCAGUUCUUAUAAGUACAGCUAGAAGAUUCGAGUUAAAGUAUAUUCGAUUAACAUCGUUUAUAAGAGGCCUGCACAUGUCCCUAUCAAUGUUUAUGAAUAAAACUGCAUUACACUUAUGUCUGGUAAUUUACGUAAUAACACAAAACACGACCAAUGUGUAUUUUGUUUUCGUAAUAACUUCGUUUUACAACAUUCUAAAAGAACCAAUGAACUCGCAAUUUCCAAGAGCUAUAGCCCUUGUAUCAGAAACAUGGAUCUCAAUAAAUCGAAUUAACAGUUUUUUAAUUAAUGAAGAGUAUAGCGAUGAUAAAAAAUCAACAAGCAAACAUGGGUUUGUAAAACUGGAAGAUGCUUCUGCAAGAUGGCUGAACAAUCUGAACAAAUAUACCGUUGAAAAUAUCAACAUCCUUGCCAAAAGCAAUGAGUUAACUGCCAUUAUUGGAGCAGUUGGAAGUGGAAAAUCCACCAUCCUAAACAUUAUUCUGAAAGAGUUAAAUCUCAACACAGGCUCUGUAACUGUAUCAGGCACCAUAUCAUACUCCUCGCAAGAACCUUGGUUGUUUACAAAUAAUAUUCGACAAAACAUACUGUUUGGAAGCCAAUAUAAUUCAACGAGAUACCAAGAGGUUUGCAGAGUAUGUUCUUUGCAGGACGAUUUUAAAUUUUUACCAUGUGGCGAUAGAACCAUUGUAGGAGAAAAUGGAGUAACUCUAAGCGGCGGACAAAAGGCAAGGAUCAAUUUAGCUAGAGCUGUCUAUAGACAAGCAGAUAUAUAUUUGUUGGACAAUCCAUUAGCUGCUGUGGAUGGUAAAGUUGCUGAAGAAAUAUUUAAUAAAUGUUUAAAAGAAUAUUUAAAGGACAAAUGUGUUGUGUUUGUAACAAAUAAUUUAAAAUUUUUACGUCAGUGUAAUCAAAUUUACGUUUUGAAUAGAGGUAAGGUUGAGAUAUGUGGAAGCUAUGAAAGUCUUCAAAAGAAAAAUGAUUUUUUUAACUUUUUUCCUACUGAAAGUAUUGAGGAAGAAAGUAAGAUCACGAAUACCAACGAAACUGAAAAGGCUUAUGGUGAACCCAAUUUAUUUUUGGAAAGUAGAAACACUGGAAAUAUUUUUUUUAAAGAUUACCUCAAUUAUUUUUCUUAUGGAAAAAGUAUUACUUGGACUGUAGUAAUAUGUUUUCUGUUUGUAUUCUCACAAGUUUUCCUAAGCAGUGCUGAUUACUUUACAUUAUUAUGGGUUAAAAUUAACAACUAUACUAAUAAUGAACAACUAAUAAACCAUUGUUUCCUGAAGAAUUAUUUUCCCCCAAUAUUUUUACUAACAAUAUUUCUUAUGAUCGUUGCUACACUAUUAAGAUCCCUUCUAUUUAUGAGCUUUUGCGUGCGUAUAUCAAAAAAUUUACACCAUGCCAUGCUGGAAAAUGUUAUGGAAACCAACAUGAAAUUCUUCCACCAAAAUCCAAGUGGCAGAAUAUUGAAUAGGUUUGCAAAAGACAUGGGCGCCAUUGAUGAAACAUUGCCACAAGUUUUUUUAAAUACCUUACAAGUUGGGUUUAAUGUCAUUGGAGUUAUUCUAGUCGUUACUCUAGCCAACUAUUGGCUUAUUAUACCUUCAGUGAUGAUAUGUACAAUAUUUUAUGUUUUAAGAUAUGUUUACUUGAGCAGCAGUAGGGAUAUCAAACGAAUUGAAAGCACUUCAAAAAGUUUGGUUUUGCACCACACCAUACCAACUAUGCAAGGACUUUCAACAAUAAGGGCAUUCGGGGUUCAAAGUAUUGUAACCAAUGAAUUUGAUAGGCAGCAAAAUAACCAUAGCGCAGCCUACUACAACUAUUUGAGUUGUAAUGCAUCGUUUGGUUUGUGGUUGGACCUACUUUCAGUUAUAUUUGUUGCAUCAGUUACAUUUAGUUUUCUGAUUUUCGAUGAUGUUAUUUUCAGUGGAAAUGUUGGAUUGGCGAUUACGCAGGCUUUGUCGUUAACAGGAAUUUUCCAAUGGGGCAUGAAACAAUGGGCUGAAGUUGACAAUCAGAUGAUUUCGUUCGAAAGAGCUCUUGAAUAUACCAAACUAAAACAUGAAGAAAAAGAGUUAUAUAUCGACCCUCAAGAAUCUUGGCCACAAAGUGGGCAGAUCAUUUUCAAAAAUUUGUAUUUAAAGUAUUCAGAGGAGCAUCCCUAUGUUUUAAAUAACAUUUGCUUUGAAGUAAGGGCAAAAGAAAAAAUUGGUAUCAUAGGAAGAACUGGUUCAGGAAAGACUUCCUUGAUAACCGCGCUUUUAAGACUGAUAGAUUAUAAGGGUGAUAUUUUCAUAGACUCGGUUAAUACAAAAAGUAUGUCUGUCAAAACGCUGCGAUCCAAAAUAUCGGUUAUACCUCAACAUCCGCUUUUAUUCGCUGGCACAAUUAGACAAAAUUUGGAUCCGUACGAUCAGUAUAGGGCCGCUGAUUUAAAUAAAGCCUUGCAGGAUGUUGGUUUGAAGAAUAACACGGAAUCGUCCUUAGAAUUGGAUACGAUAGUUGUAGAAAAGGGGGCGAACUUUAGCGCUGGUCAGAAACAGUUGAUUUGCCUUUGCAGAACUUUAAUAAAAGAAAAUAGAAUUCUUAUUUUGGAUGAACCAACAGCCAACAUUGAUCCUGUAACAGAUAAUUUAAUACAAAAUGUAAUAUGUAAAAAAUUUGAAGACUGCACAAUACUAACUAUAGCUCACAAGGUAGAAACUAUAAUGAACUCAGAUAGAAUUUUGAUCCUCGAUUCAGGAACACUUUUGGAUUUCGAUAGUCCCAAUAACUUACUGAAAAGUAAUCAAUACAUUAAAGAAAUAAUACAAUCACAUGUAAAAACUAAUUUGUAA